UGCCUCUAUAAAAGCCCCGGUUGCACCCCGAGUUAGCUUCAUUUCACAUCAUGGAGAGUCCGAGAGUCCAGUCCUCGUACAGGAAGCGUUUCGGACCUCAGGGUUCGGGCAGCGCUGGAGCUCGAAUUGGCAGCCUUUCUUCCAACCGCCUCUCCUGGCAUGGCACCCCCCGCAACCUCACCUACUCCAGCCCCAUGGCCCGGAUCACCUUGGGCUCAACCAACCCGGCCCUGCACCUGGGGAGCCCCGUCAACCGGCUGGACUUCUCAGCCGACUCCCUGAUGAAGGCCCAGUACAAGGAGACGCGCACCAACGAGAAGGUGGUGAUGAUGGGCCUGAAUGACCGCUUCGCCAGCUACAUAGAGACGGUGCGCCUUUUGGAGCAGCAGAACAAAAUGCUGGUGGCAGAGCUGAACCAGUUUAAGGGGAAGGAGCCCAGCCGCCUGGGGGACAUCUACCAGGAGGAGCUAAGAGAGCUGCGCAGGCAGGUGGACGGUCUCACUGCUGGGAAAGCUCGGCAGGAGAUAGAGAAGGACAACCUGGCUGCAGAUGUGACCAUGCUCAAGCAGAGGCUGCAAGAUGAGAUUGGCCUCCGACAGGAUGCAGAAAACAAUCUGAAUGUCUUCAAACAGGAUAUGGAUGAGGCGAGUCUCAAUCGGGUCCAGUUAGAGAGGAAGAUUGAUUCUCUGCAGGAAGAGAUAGAUUUUUUGAAGAAGACUCAUGAGGAGGAGCUGCGUGAGUUACAGGAGCAUAUCACGGCCCAACAGGUGCACGUUGACCUGGACGUAUCCAAACCAGACCUGACUGCUGCUCUGAGGGACAUCAGGGUCCAAUAUGAAACUAUGGCCUCCACAAACAUGCAGGAAACGGAGGAGUGGUACCGAUCCAAGUUUGCUGACCUGACGGAUGCAGCCAAUCGGAACACAGAAGCCCUGCGCCAAGCCAAACAGGAGGCCAAUGAGUACCGGCGUCAGAUCCAAGUGGUGACCUGCGACCUCGAGGCUCUCAGAGGGACAAACGAGUCUCUGGAACGCCAGCUCCGGGAGAUGGAGGACCGCUUCGCCAGGGAGACUGCCGGUUACCAGGACACAGUGAGCCGUCUGGAGGGGGACAUCCAGACUCUGAAGGAGGAGAUGGCGAGACACCUGCAGGAGUACCAGGACCUUCUCAACGUCAAGCUGGCCCUGGAUAUUGAGAUCGCCACCUACAGGAAGCUGCUGGAGGGAGAGGAGAACAGAAUCACCAUUCCAGUUCAGAGCUUUUCCAACCUACAGUUCAGAGAUACUAACCUGGACACUAAACCUCCAGAGGCGCACGUGAAGAGGAGCAUCCUGGUCCGAACGGUGGAGACCAGAGAUGGAGAGAUCAUUAAGGAAUCAACGACUGAACACAAAGAUCUUCCUUGAAGUUAAUCCAUCUUGAUUUGAGAAUUAUUACAGUUUCUUUUUUUGUCUUCAAACCCCAAAGCUGCCCAUCAGUCAUCACUGUAUUUUAUGUUCCCCUUCUUUCAUCAUCACUUUUACUGCCCUACAACCACAACAUGAACGUUAAUCAUUCCUAGAUUUUCUCAUUAGAUUUAUUAUUAUCAGCUUUUGUACAGCUGUGAGUAGAAUGUAGGUCACCCAUCUUAAAUGAUCUACAGCCUGUAGAUCAAACUAUUGGAAAUCUGUUUGAUUCUAAUUUUGACUGACAGCACAGCUUUUUAGCAUUGUUUCAGAGUAGCUGCUAUAGAAGAGGCCUUGAUGAGUAGCAAUUGUGUUCAGCUAAUAUGGGGCAUGGUGAAGGUAGAUAUGUGGAUAUUUGUAUGUGAAACGUGCCAUGGGAAGUCUGAGCGAGAAGGAGAGAGAGUUGAUGGAGACAACAUCAUUGGAUGUAUGCAGGAAAUGAGAGGUAUGUGUAUGUAAAAACUGCUUGUGGCAGAACAGCAGUUCAAUUUGGACUGUUUCAAUUCAUAUUUUAUCUCUGCCUUGCCUAGUGUUCUUUUGAUUUAAUUUCUUUUUAUAAGCAGCAGUUACCUCUGUACGUGUGUUGCUGCUUGUAUAACCUGCAAA